AGCAAGUUUCAUACAUUUCAUACAUGUAUGCCUGGGGAUGAUUUAAAGAAACAGUUUCAGGUGAAAAUGAGUCGCUACCUUCCCGCCCUUCUGCCGGGGCACACCCCUAAAGUUCCUGCCCUCCCGCCAAACGUAAUCGUGGAAGGCGGGCUCGUAUGCACAUUUCUCCCGAACGGGAACAUGGACUUCGAAGACGAAGGCCACGGUCAACUGGUCCUCGACGGCUUACGUCGUCUUCGGGAAGAACCCAAGGUAGCCAAUGACGUCAACUGUAUCGUAAAGUAUAUUUUCGAAGACCAUUGGACCGCUGACGUCAUUUCCGGUGAGUUUGGUUCCUGCAGCGAUGCCAGGGAUCAGAAGCUGGUACUGCAGGCGCUGGGCGAUUUGCGACUGUGCGGCAAAUACGCCAACAUAUCUCUGUGCUCGGACGACGGAGGGAUCGUGGAGGGUCACAGAGUGGUUCUUGCGGCCGCCUGUCCGUAUUUUGACGCCAUGUUUCUCAGAGAGUUUCAGGAAGAAGGCAAACAGAGUAUAGACAUACAAGAAGUCCCCACACAGACCCUCAAACUUGUGACUGAGUUCGUGUACAGCGGAAAAGCGGUCCUAACCGAAGAACUAGUAGAAACCGCGUUACACGCUGCGUGUCUGUUUCAAGUGAGAUCUCUGACAAAAGCAUGCUGCAAAUUUCUCGAAAGGCAGUUGGACAAUUCAAACUGCGUAGCGGUCCUAAGUCUAAGCGACAUGUACGCCUGUACAGAUCUAGAAGAGAAGGCAAGAUCUUACAUCCUGCAAAACUUCUUCUGGGCGAGCGAGAGUGAAGACUUUGUUUUGCUCCCCUGCCAUAUGCUGAUUUCCCUUAUCACUGACAAACGCCUGACUCUAAAUAGAGAGAGUAUCUACGAAGCGGUUAUAAGAUGGGUCAGACAUGACACUCAAAGCAGACAACAGCAUCUACCUGAGUUGUUAGAAAAUGUCGGACUGCAUUUGUUGAACGAGGGUUACAUCAUGACUAACUUAGACUCCGAGUCUUUGAUCUUAAGAUCCAACAGGGCGUUAGCUCUCUCAGCACAAGUCAAGAAGCGUCUCUGGGAUCACAAGAAGACGGCGUGUAUGGAAGACGUCAUGGUGAUCCUAGGGGGUUCUGGGUACGAGGACGAUCCCAUGAAGCUUCACGUCGUCAUGGCGAUGGAGUGGUACAACCCAGUCUCGCGCAGGUGGGGAAUUCUCGCGAGACUUCCGCCCGGCAUGUACGACACGUGUCUGAUGGCGGACGCCAUCGACAGCGACAUCUACGUGGUGUCCACGGCGGAGGAGCCGGUGAAAUUCUGCCAAGCGUGGCGCUACAGCGUCGUCAACGACACGUGGAAGACGUUACCGCCCAUGACGCAGUACAGACAGGCGUAUUUCAGAGUCGUUGCGCUGAACGGUCAGAUUUACGUUCUUGGCAACGACAGGGAGUUGAGCCAUCAACAACCGUGUGAGAAGUACAACCCAAACUACAACACCUGGACAACUGUGGACCCGCCACCGAAAACACUGAAGAAAUUCAGUGUAGCAGUUUGUAACAGCAGGUUGUUCGCCAUGGGUUUUGCGGCCACGUCAGACGAGGUGGAGAUUCUGAGUCUGGACCCUAAGACUGACACGUGGCAGGAGGAGUACACGCCUUCCUUCAAACCCAGGAGGAAGAGUUUCCACACCAUCUGCGUCAAGAACCUCAUCUACUUCAUCGGCAUGAGCGGCAGUAAGGUUGACGCGUACGACCCAGAGAGACACGAGUGGGUGAAAGUAGCGCCGUUGAACGGGGACCACUGGAUGGGCGCCAUGACGGUCAUACACGGGAAAAUCUUCAUCUCCGGGGGCCGGUCCCGUCAGAGGUAUCUCACUGAGAAUGUGGAGUGCUACUACCCAGAGUCGGACAAAUGGCGAGUCGCGGCCGAGAUGCCGAUACUGAGGCGCGGCCACAAGUGCCUCACGGUCGCCAAACCGGUGGGGAAGGAAGACAAGUGCAGCAUGCCGUCUGUAAUAUGUAGCAUUUCUUAGCCAUACUAUAGCACCCCCUCGUGAUGUUAUGAAGAACUGCAGAAGAUC